AUGUCCCGCUGGGAGCGCAGGAAGGAGACCUCACUCUGCUCUGCACCGUGGGGCCCUGGGUGCGGCUGUCCCGGAGCGGGAGCUCAUCCCGAGCUGCUGGCAGGCGCCAGGAGAGGGCGGCGCUGCCCGGGGAUCGGCGGUGCCCGGGGAUCGGCGCUGCCCGGGGAUCAGAGCUGCCCGGGGAUCGGCGCUGCCCGGGGAUCAGAGCUGCCCGGGGAUCGGCGCUGCCCGGGGAUCAGAGCUGCCCGGGGAUCGGCGCUGCCCGGGGAUCGGCGCUGCCCGGGGAUCGGCGCUGCCCGGGGAUCGGCAGUGCCCGGGGAUCAGAGCUGCCCGGGGAUGGGGCUGCCCGGGGAUCGGCGCUGCCCGGGGAUCGGCGCUGCCCGGGGAUGGGCGCUGCCCGCCGGGCGCGCACCGAACACGGAGCCCCGCGCUCCGAGGACACUACAGGAGAUUUUCCGUGCCAGCCACCUCAGCCGCGCUGCUGUGCUGCGGUUCGCGCUGCCCGCGGAGCUCACACGGCACACGAGCCACCAGACACACGGGCAUCCCCCGCCCGCAGUGCGAGCCGUUUCUGAAGGGGAUGCAGGCUUUCAGGCCAGAAAGGACCUUUAUGAUCUCAUUGGCAAUGCGUGAGAACCAGAGGUGAAGCAAACUGCCAACAAAAGAAAAACUUAUCUACUGGUCUAUGGUGCUCACAGAAGGAAUAUAGUAAAUCACAGUCAGUAAAUGCAUUUAAAGUAAGAUAA